AUGCAUAGGUCAAGGGACUAUGACCAUUACCAUUCAAGUUCCUCCAGCGAUGAUUCCUCCCAUAUGUCAGAUAAGUAUCAUCAUCGCUGGUGGAAUGAACGUGAAGUCUCAAGUAGAUAUGAUAAUUAUUCAGAUUCCCCUGAAAGGAGGAAUUCUAGAGAUGUAAAAAGAAGGUCGAUGGAAGAUCAUGAUAUUUCCCCUCAACGUUCACGGCAUUACCGCAACGCUCAUUGCGAUGCAGUAAGUCAUGACAACGGCCAAGGGGAAAAACCCAAGGCUAACAGAACUAGGGAUAACCUUGACAGAUCCCAUUCGCGCCACAAUCGGAGAGAUCGCUCCAUUUCCCCACGGCAUGAUUACAGGGGAGAUGAUUAUUCUAGCGAGACUCCAUUGCGGGGCGAAUGCGAUCGUCAUCAAUAUGAUUCAAAGGGUGAUCGUUAUGAGUCUUCCCCUCGUCGCAGUAAUAGACCGCAUUACGAAUCCCCAUCAAGAUACAGGGAUGAUUAUUAUUACGACAGUCAUUACAAUUCUCCAUUGCGAGACAGGGAUUUUUACCAUUAUUGUGAUUACCCAAGUGAUCACGAUCAUUCUCCUCCACGUCGUGGGAGACGUUACGAAUCCUCACCCCACUCUUAUCGGGAUGAUUAUGAUUGUGAUCGUAACGAAUCUCCAAUCCGGCGUUGGGGCGAUGAUCGUGAAUCACAUUCGCCUAGGUAUCGAAACAAACAUAGAUCUCCAUCACCUUCUGAAGAAAGACGGAGGGGUGAAGAAUAUAGGCGGGAUCCCCGAGAGAAUCAUUUUAUGAUUCAAGGAUGCGAGGAUGGGAUACUCGUUUCUCUUCACCUGUUCGUCGUUCUCGAUCACGAUAUGAAGAGCGGAAGGAUGACGGGCAUAGUUGGUAUCUUCUUGGCGAAUCAUUUUCUGAUUCUUCCAGGCAGGAUGCUUCCUCCCCUUCAUCCAUCCGUUACUCAGAAAGGAAGGGUAAAGGCCAAAGGCAGUCUUCCCCUCGAGGAUCGUUUUCUGAUCCUCACCGGUGGAACACUCCCUCUCCUUCGCCCGUCCAUUCUCGAGUAA